AUGUCAUCGGAGCAAGUCUAUACAACCGACCACUCCGCCGCCGUCCUCGAAACCCACAGCUGGCGCACUCUCUCCAACUCCGCCAGCUACUUGAUUCCUUAUAUCAAGCCGGGAAUGAAAGUCCUCGAUGUCGGCUGCGGCCCGGGAUCAAUCACGGUCGAUUUAGCCAAACACGUCGGUCCGACUGGCCAUGUCACCGGGAUCGACUACGUUGAAGACCCGCUAAAGGGAGCGGAGGCCCUCGCUGCCUCGGCGGGUAUCCCCCGCUCAAACAUCACGUUUCAAGUAGGCAAUAUUCAUUCGUUGGAGUUCCCGGAGAACACGUUCGACCUGGUCCAUAUACAUCAGGUUCUGCAGCAUAUCAAGGAUCCUGUGGCCGGAUUGAAGGAGUUGCGUCGUGUCGUUAAGCCUGGGGGGUUGGUAGCUUGUCGGGAAUCGGCGUCGAUGACCUGGUACCCUGAAAAUGAAGGCAUACAGGCCUGGGAGGAGCUAUUUGAGCGGAUGGGUACCGCGAAGGGUGGCCAUCCGCAUCCUGGGAGGUAUAUUCAUGUCUGGGCUGAGGAGGCGGGGUUUGAGAAGGAGAAGAUCAAAAAGAGUGCGGGAACGUGGUGCUUUAGCACCCGGGAGGAAAGGGAGUACUUUGGCGGUUCAUUUGAGAAGAGAGUACGGGAUUCUGGUUUUGCGAAGAUGGCUGUUGGGGGAGGGUUUGCGACACCCGAACAGUUGGAGGCUAUGGCCAAUGGUUGGAGGGAGUAUGUUGAGAACGAUGAUGGGUGGCUUGGACUGCUUCAUGGAGAGAUUCUAUGUUGGAAAUAA